AUGAUCAUUGUGUUGCCUGCUGAGUGGCAUCGUACUAUAAAUAUGUGCGUAUGCUUGAUUGCACUUCAAAUGGGAAUCGGUUCAUAUGAUGAAAGUUAUAUUCGAUCUAGAGAAGCUUGGAAAUCCAAGACCAAACAUCUUCAGUUGAAAGAACGCAGAGCUUUGUCCAAACUGGAAGAGGCGAACAAUAAGAUUUUCACGUUACAAGCAGGACAACCGGUGGAAAUGCAGUUUGAAACGAAUCCCCAGUGGGUGGAAGCUAUCAGACUGAGGAUCUAUGACGAAUUGCAACAGAAGUUUGAGAGCGAAAUCGACCGGGCUCAUUCGUGCAUACUGAGCGCACAGGAGGAGAACAAGCGACUAAAUGAAGAAAUUACGACACUGCAAUCGCGAAUGGAAUUGACAAAGUCUGAUGCUCAGGCAGCUUUAUCACAGCAGAAAAUUUUGUACGAAGCUGAGAUAUCCAACUUGCGCCAAAUAAAGGAGGAUCUACUGUCUCGCAAUCGAUGUCUGUCGAACAAUGAACUGGACCGAACCAAAGACGAGUGCAAACAGAACGCUCAAUUGCAUACCAGAUGUCAAUUGUUGACGGAAGAAGUUGAAGAGUUACAAAAGCAGUUGGACGCACAGAAGAAGAAGUUUCUGACCGGUAAUGAGGAUCUUCUGAAAAAUGUCACUGAUUUGAAACUACAAAAUUGUGAACUAGAGGCUGAGCGUGCAAACGUAAACAGACAGCUGUCUCUGUUGAGACAAGAAGUGGAACAACUGCGUUCCGAGUUGAAUGUGGAAAGACAAAGAGCGUCAGAUGCCGCACAAGCGAAUACGGAAGCUGAGUACAAACUAUCCCAACUGACACAACGCACACGCGGAGAACUGACCAAUUUACGUCUCGAGGCACAAGAACAACGAGUAGCGAUAGAGAAGCAACGCGAUCAAUUUGCCUCAAAAGCUCAAGAACUGGAGCACCAACUGGAAAUUAUGUCGACUCGGUGCCAACAAGUGGAAGCGGAUGCUAAAGCACAAGUGCUGGCCUCAGCAGAAAAAGAAGCCACGGUACGAGAUCAGUGGAUCCGAGAGAAAGCCAAAUUGGAAGCGCGCUGUCACGAGCUUUCAAAUCGUCUACGGGCCACUCACUUACCAACUUCGGGCGAAAACCAUGAUAAUCAGACAGAGAUCAGCUCGAAAAACACGGAUAUUCAACAACUGGAAAUCGAUCGAUUAAAUCAGAAAUUGAUUCAUGAGGAAACACGCAAUAUACAAUUGGAGCAGCUCCUUCAACAAAAGGUAGUUCUCUCGGCAUUUGUCGUGAUGUAA